AUCAGCCAAAAAGGGAAAUAAAGAGGGCUGUUGAAAAACCAUACUAUUAGGCAUGGACAAAGUUCAGCUUUUCUUCUUGUGUCUUAUAAUAAUUUUGUGGAAUACCAUUCCUGCAACAGGAAAUCCAAACAUUGUAACAGAAUAUGGGAAAGUGAUGGGAAAGCAAGUGAGAGUGAAAGAAUCAGACAGGAUUGUCUACUCUUAUCUGGGGAUUCCCUUUGCAGAAGCGCCAGUGGAUAAAAGGAGAUUUGCUCCACCACAGCCACCCAAAGCAUGGAAUGGAACAAGGAAUGCUACUACAUACCCCCCACUAUGUUUGCAGAACUUCAGUCAUGGAAAGCAACUUUCAGAUUUCUACCUGGGGAGAUUUCCUCCACUGGCAACCUCAGAGGACUGUUUGUAUCUAAAUAUAUACACCCCUGUGAAGCCUGCAGAACAUGCCCAACUACCUGUGAUGGUGUGGAUCCACGGAGGGGGGUUUGUUCUCGGAGGGGCAUCUCUCUAUGACGGUUCUUCUCUGGCAGCCUUUGGUAAUGUGGUGGUGGUUCUAAUUCAAUACCGGCUCGGUAUACUGGGGUUUUUAAGCACUGGAGACAGCAACGCCCCGGGUAAUGUGGGGCUACUGGAUCAGGUGGCGGCCCUGCAGUGGUUGCAGGAGAAUAUCCAAAGCUUCGGAGGAGAUCCCAAAGAUGUGACUUUAUUUGGGGAAUCUGCUGGAAGCAUUAGUGUGUCCUUGCAUGUUCUGUCUCCUAUGUCAUCUGGCUUGUUCCACAAGGCAAUAAGUGAAAGUGGGGUAGCUUUCUCUUCUUUUCUCCUGGAAACAGAUCCAAAACCAAAAGCACAGAGGCUUGCGAGGUCUGCUGGCUGUUCAGCAGUUGAUUCUGUGUCAAUCAUCGAGUGUUUCAGAAAUAAAACUAGCGAGGAAAUUGUACGUGUUACUCCGGGAAUGGGGGAAAUGGCAGUGUCUCCUGUUCUGGAUGGAAUAUUUCUACCCAAAAAACCAGAAGAGCUCUUGCGAACCAAAAAGUUUAACCGUGUACCAUAUUUACUGGGGAUUAACAACCAUGAAGUCGGCUGGUUAAUUGCUCAUUAUUUAAUACCACCUGGUUGGAAAAAUGGAAUUCCAAAGAAUACUUUUCUAAUGGUAAUGGCUGGACUUCUACAGAAAAUGACAAUCCCCCAGGAAGCUGUGGGGAUAAUUGCAGAGGAGUACCUGGGUGACACGGAGGAUCCAGUCAGAAUAAGGGAUGCUUUUCUCGAUCUCUUAGGAGAUUUAACAAUGGUGAUGCCAGUUGUCAAAACAACAAGAUAUCAUAGAGAUGCUGGCCUCCCAGUAUACCUCUAUGAGUUUCAGCACCGCCCCAGUGUAUAUGGGGACAGCAGGCCUGAGUUUGUGAAAGCUGAUCAUUUUGACGAGGUUGGCUUUGUGUUUGGAGCUCCCUUCUGGACUGAAGAUAUUGUCAUGCUGGCUGAUACUACUAAAGUGGAAAGGCAGUUAAGCAAAACGAUGAUGGCAUAUUGGACCAACUUUGCUAAGAACGGGGAUCCGAAUGAGGAGGGCCUAACAGAGUGGCCACUCUACAAAGAGGAUGAAGUGUAUAUGGGACUCAAUCUGAAUGUGAAGCCAGCAAGGAAAUUAAAGGAUUCCAGGAUGAAGUUUUGGCUAAAAACUUUCCCUGAAAUAAUGGCCAAAUUGAAUGAUGCAAUGGUCCAUACUGAGCUGUAAUAUUUGUAUUAAAUUGUUUGGUGGAGUGGUGUAAGUAAUGGAAUAUUAUAUCUCAGCUGCAAGUGUAAAUAAUGAAAAGUUCUUCUAUUAAAAUCAUUAAAAAGAAGAAAAAAAACAAUAAAUAGUGUACCAUUUACAUUUAGACAAUAUAACUCAGCGGGGAAAUUAAAAAAAAAAAAACAAGAAAACAAAAAACAACAUGUUUUAGUAUCUAUAGGAUGUAUAUGCCUUCUAGCAAAAUUUAAAUUGUAACAUUUGCAAAGUUUGUUUUGCUGCAGUCAAAACCUUUACAGUAUCACUCUGUGUUUUUAUCUUUGACCUUUUAUAAUGGGGAAUGUUGUAACUGUAUAUGGGAAUACUGGCUUUGUGUGUGUUACUUUGAUGUCAUAUAUGUCCAAAUAUGCUAAAAGAGAGGCU